UAUGAAUUGUGAGUGAUACUGAUCUUAAACGACCUUUUGACGCAUUUCAUUAGAAAAAUUAUGGAAUAUCAAAACUUGAAUCCAAAAGUUACGACAACAUUAUUAAAGAGAGAAGAAUCACCUUUGAAUGUCAAAGCUAUCGGCGGAUUGGGCAUUCUUCAGAUCUUAAUUGGUUUAGUGUCCAUUGGCUUAGGUUCAGCAUGUUAUUACUACUAUGACCAAAACUAUUGGGUGGCAAGCGUAGCUGGCGGAAUAUGGAUAGGUUGUAUCAUCUUAAUAAGUGGCUGUUUUGCCAGUUUAUUAGGUUACUUCACCAAAAGUAAAUGCUUGUUGGGGAUAACACUUAUGCUUGCCCUUUUUGCAAUCACUGGUUGUACUUUUAAUGCUGUUGUUUCAUUCAAAGCAGCAAGCUUUUAUAAAGAGAAAGUUUGCUUCAGUGAUUGGUCGAGCACAUUUUCCAGCAAUUCCGAGUACGGUUAUAACGACUUUAAUGUUUAUCAAGAUUAUUACCGAAAGUAUUAUGAAGAACAAUACAAUCAAAAUAGCCGGAACAACGAUCAAAAUAAUCGGGACAACGAAGAAGAUGUAUAUAAUCGAGAAAAGAACGGUCAAGGUAACGAAGAGGAUCGGUAUAAUAAAAGCGAUGGAGGCAAAGAAGAGGGAAAUGAUGAAAAUAACAAAGAUGACGGAGAUGGCAAAUUUAACAAUGUUCCGGAGGAUUACUGGCCGUCCAUAUUUAAGAAUUUUUGCACAGUGAUAAAAUACAACAGAAUUUUAUACGUCACUCUUGGUGUUACAAUGAUUAUCGAGUUCCUUUUUGCCUUACUUCUAAUCAUAUACACUUGCCUUGCUUUCCGAUGUUGCAGUUCAAAAUACACAUAUGGCGAAGCAUAUCAUCAAAUCAACGACGCGAAAAGACAUCAAUACCAGAUUCAAGAUGCAACAUCUCAACCAGCGUCUUACAACACUAUGAACAAACAAGAAGGCCAGGUGCCAUACAAUCAACAUAUUAAUGGACAACAGCCUCAGUCGCCACCUCCAUAUUACCCUAACUACGCACACUAUCCAAAUCAAUACAUGCAUGGUUAUUCCGUACACGCACCGUACUUAGAUAGUGGAAGUAAACCAUUAUUACAUGCGUCACAACCUUCAGCCCCUAUAUUUAACGAACAAGCUGAAACGACGUUUGUUAAUUCCCCACAGCCUUCGUCAUACGGAAUGAGCAUAGGAACAGCAUCACCGUUUGGUGUGCAAACUAAUGUUGCAAUGGCAUCAAAUGAAAUGGGAGGUGCUAAUAUAGGUCUUUCAUCUGCUACUUCCAGUACAAUGGGUAAUACAAAUGUUUCUACUAAUUCCACUUUUAAGGGAAAUAGAGGACCAACUGUUGGUGUCAGUAAUGAAUUUGAGUCACCAUUUUGUGGGCAAACAAAUGUUUCUACAACGUCAAACGGAAUGGAUAGUUCUAGUCUCUCAGUAGCUUCAGUAACUCCGUUUUCUUCUUUUGGUAUGAGAAAUGACGCAACAAUCCCUGCCCCUAUGACUACUGGAGGAAAUUUUGGGAUGUCUUCUUCUGCAUCAUCUCUGUUUGGUGAAAAAACUAUUUUAGGGAUGACCACGAGUGAAACAGGGGCAACUAGUAUGGGUGUCUCAACUGCAGGGUCAGGUAGUCAAAUGGGUGGUAAACCUAAUGGCCUAGCAGGUGCUACCCCAAUGGGAACUGGUGGUUCAAAUGUAAACAUGACAUCUGGCACUUCAACACCUUUCGGAGGACAGUCAAGCAUUAAUAUGAAGUCGAAUGGUGCUGGAACUUCAGACAAUAUGAGUAGAGCAAACCCGGGUAAUCCUUUCGAAUCCAACCUUGGAGUUGUUUCAACAAAUCCUUCUCCUUCUGUUGGCAUGAAAAAUGACGCAAAAGGUCCUGCCACUAUGAAUAAUGGAAAAGCAGAUGUAGGAAUGACCUCCUCUUCUUUAUCUCCUGGUGGCGGAAACACUAACUUGGGAAUGACAUCUGGUGGAAUGGGGAAAACAAGUAUGGGUGUUUCUACUGCAGGCUCAGGAAGUUCGAUGGGCGGUAUAAUUAAUGGCUUAACAAUGCCUACCCCAAUGGGAACUGGUGGUACAAAUGUAAACAUGACAUCUGGCACUUCAACACCUUUCGGAGGAAAGACAAACAUUGGAAUGAAGUCAAAUGGUAUUAGUGGAACUGGGGUUACUAUAAGCUCAGGAAACACUACUAAUCCUUUUAAUGGUGCAACAAACACAGCUAUUUCUUCUUCAGGGAUGGACGUGACAAACAAUGGAGUUUCUUCAACCUCUCCAUAGUAGCCAACAACUGCAUUUACUCUAUCGUAAAAGCUUGUAUUAAAUUUUGUAAAGUUAUACUGGUUCUUGUAAUUUGAUUUACACCAAAAAGAAGAUUGUUGCCCCUUAAUUCAAAAUCAAAAACAGAAUCCAUUUUGGACAUUAAUUUCUCAUUUUUAUGUUGAAACAGACACAUUUUAGCUGAUCUGUUGUAGAUGGCAAGAAGUUUAGCAGACUGAGUGCACUAGCAUGAAUUUAACAAUAUCAUUUAAAUAAUAUAUAUAUCUUCUUGUUAUUACGAAUUUUUCAACGUGAAAGUACUUUAAUCUUCUCCUUUAAGAAGCAAAAAGUCGUGUACAUGCCAAACUACUUUUCAAUUUAGGCUAGCGGUAGUUAUAAAUAUCAAACGUUUGGAAAUAUUAUGCUGGUGUAUCGUUAAAUACUAAAGAGUCCGGGAAAGUUGAGCAAUACAUUGUCAAAUUGACAAGAGUAGGAAAACGUCUACAGUUUAUUUACAUAUUUUACCAGAAAAUACAAGUAUUAAUUACCGCACGCUACAGAGUACAGUAUGGCAUAUAUUUUUCAAGUUCUGAAACAUCUGUCUUGUGAUUUUUCAUGACUCCAAUAUGAAUCGAAAUACGAAAAAACUUUUUCUAAUGAAAUAGACAACCACUGAAUUACCUGUGGUAUUAAAACCGUGACUAUAUAUCUAAACAGUUAGUAACGCAUGACACACAAAUAAAUAAAAAGACAAAGAAAACAAACAAUUAAAGUUAAUUUACCAUGAAUAUUAUUAAUUAAUUUAGUUCGUGUAUAUUGAUCUUUUAAAAAUUCAGUUUUAUGAAAAAUUACUUCGCAAAUUACAUAAUACAUGACCGCAA